UGAGUUUUAGGCUGCUUGGCCCAGCAGUGAAGUCGCACUCAGCUUUGUUUGCAGGCCGGCGAAGUGAGCCACCUAUUUCUGAAAAUGGAACCCGAGAGAUCAUUCCUCAUGCGCUAAAAACGGGACCAACCACCGAUCGUCUAGAGCUGACUCAUGCACUGGAUCACAAAAAAUUGGCUAGAACAAGAACGAACGAGUUAUUGAGGCCAGAAGGAGAAGGGAAAGAUAACGAAAGAGCGACGAACGGGCAGGACCCGCAGAAGCUGCAGUCGAUACUGAUCUCCUCGGAGGCGGCGGAGGUGGACGAGGACACAGAACCCUCCUGUGAGCGGGAAGGGGUGACGGCGAUAACGUUGUCCAUUGGCGGCUCACCUGGAACCACGAUCUCUGUGCCUUUGCAAAGAGACGACCCCGAAACGGCCUCCUCUGAGCCCCAGUUCAAUACCGCUAAGGAGAAGGAGUGCUGGCACCUCUUCCGAAAAAUGGUUGACAAGGGCAUCUCUGUCUCUUUUGAUACUGUCUUAAGAGGCAUGUUAACUCCAACAGAAUAUAGACUGAGGAAAGCGUCUGAGGACUCAUUUACUUAAUCAUUGCAAAAAGAAUUACUUUUGAUAAUUAAUCGAGGAUGUAACUCGAUGCAUAUUGCAGCCACAUCAAUUUGUACACACGUGUUCAGUGAAGUAUUCAUGCGGUUCUGUGGUUGUGUAUAAAUUCCAAUCUCGAGCAGAUGAUUAUCAGUGGCGUAGCGUGCUUUGCGAUAUAUCGAUUGAUCUGUCAUUUAAACCUAUGGAAAAUGAUCGAUUAACAGGGUGUUCGCAACGAAUACCUUAAUAAUCGAUUCUUUACCACGGAUUCAAAUAGGGAAAUAUCGAUAGUCGACUUUUCACGCCACGCCUUUGAUGAUUAUGUAUUCAUGAAAUUGAGCUCUCAUGGCAAUCUAUUUUCCUGUUUGAAGAAUUUUAGACCCUUCUAGCGAUGACAGCAAAAUAUAAAAAAAAAGAAACUUUUAUAUCCCUCACCCCGAAUGAUUUUUCUCUCUCCUUUCGAAGAGAGAAAGGAGUUAAGAUGAGUAUUAGGUGUGUGAUGUGUUUCAUUUUCUACUUUGAUAAGCUCAAACUUAAAUUUUAAAGUCCAAAGUAUUAAUCUUUAAAACUAAAGAUCUGGAAGGCUGGACUGCCUCACAUAUUUUAAAUAUGGCGAAUGUGUUCGAAUGUACGAAGCAAUCAUUUAUUGCUAAUCCUAUAAAAUAAAUUAUUUGCUUAUUUUGA